AUGAAGUCCCUCUCGCUCAUGUCCGUGUUGGCGGCCGCCAACAUCGUGAACGCCGGACCCACACCCACGGAGAAUGAGCUGCCGAAGCGGGCGGAUUCCUUACCGACCGUCACCGCAUCCGGGAACGCCUUCUGGGCCGGUAGCGAUCGCUUCUACAUUCGAGGUAUCGAUUAUCAGCCGGGCGGGUCCUCUGGCGACAAGGACCCUCUUGCUGAUACCACUAUUUGCAAGCGGGACAUCGCCAAGUUCAAGGAACUGGGAGUCAACACUAUCCGAGUAUACAUGAUCGACAACUCCGAGAAUCACGACGAAUGUAUGACCGAAUUGGCUAACGCCGGUAUUUACCUGGUGCUGGACUUGAACAACCCCAAGUACUCGAUCCACCGUUACGAACCGGCCCCUUCGUACAACGCAAAGUACCUGCAGAGCGUUUUUGCAACCGUCGACGCCUUCCAGAAGUACAGCAACACCCUGGCUUUCUUCUCCGGCAACGAAGUCAUCAAUGAGCAGGUCAAUUCGACUCUGGCUGCCCCUUACGUCAAGGCUACCACCCGCGAUGUCCGUCAAUACAUUGGCAGCAGAGGCUACCGCAAGAUCCCCGUUGGAUACUCAGCAGCCGAUGUCAGUCAAAACCGCAUGCAGACUGCUGCAUACUUCAACUGCGGUCCCGAUGACGAGCGUAGCGAUUUUUUCGCCUUCAACGACUACUCGUGGUGCUCACCAUCGAGCUUCGAGCAAUCUGGCUGGAACGUUAAGGUCAAGAACUUCACAGGAUACGGCCUGCCCAUCUUCCUGUCCGAAUGGGGCUGCACAACGAAUGGCCGUACUUUUGAGGAACUCGGUGCCUUGAUGAACUCCGAGAUGACUGGUGUCUACUCCGGUGGCCUGGUCUACGAAUACAGCAAGGAGGGCAAUGGAUUCGGCAUGGUCGAGCUCAGUGGUGAUAGUACCGAUGUGACUGAGGACGGCGACUUCAGUGCUUUCAAGUCAGCUCUCGCCGAGUACCCAACUCCUACUGGCAACGGCGGUUUCACUUCGACAACCAACUCGGUCAACUGCCCGAGUGAGGAUCCCGACUGGAUGGUCAAGGACGAUACUCUGCCCGCCAUUCCUGACGAUGCCAAGGCCUACAUGACCGACGGUGCCGGCCCUGGGCCUGGCCUCAAGGGCGAGGGAUCGCAGAAUGCUGGAUCGACAUCCACCGGAGACGCCUCCCCUGGCUCUGGUUCCGUUUCUGCCACGGGAUCGGGCAAGAACGAGGGUGGAAGACCGGCGCCACCUGUAGACAAGGGUGCGUUUGCAGUUGUUGGUCUUUUCACCAUCUUCACCCUUGUCGGCACCCUCCUUCUCUAG